AUGUCUGGAAGCGCCUUGUUUUUCAAGUGUGGUUCAGACGUUGACCUUGCCCGCUUUGUUCCCCUCGUGCCUCCUGUUACAUGUCCACUUGCUGGUUCUCGCAGCAUCGCUGACCACAAUUUUAUCGAGACCCUCAAGGAAUGCUACUAUGCAUUCGAAGCCCUGACACAACACCCGUACGAGUUCAAGAGCUACGAGUGGGGACGCUUUCCGGAGAUCGUGACAAUCGACGGGUGCGCGAAAAUCAACACGGACAACACAGACACAUCCCAGUUCCAGAUCGCUCGGACGGAAAGGCACGUGGACACUGAUCACCAGCACCAGCUGCUGAAGAUCUCGAUGAUAUCGAAGAUGGUGUUCCCCAAGCGUGUCCGCUUCGUGCUGGAGGCUGCGCCAACAUUCGGAUUUUCAAACCGUAUUUCGAACCUCAUGUUCCGUACGGCACGGGGCAAGAUGGCGGAUCCCGGAUCUCCGCAGACCGGAGACUUGGGGGAGCUUGUGAAAGCACUUGGUGACGACGCCAUCACCGACCUCUCAAGCAAGUCCUUCGCUGACCUCAAGAACAUCUACACACUCUGCUUCGCCGGUCGGAAGGGUAUUAGCAGGUUCAGGAACAAGGAUGCGCUGGUCCAGUGCUUCCAAGAGCUCUGGAUUUCCAGAGAUGGGGGGGGUGCGGGGGAGCGAUGCUCGAAACUGUUCAUUGGCAAACAACCGGGGACGACGGCAGGAGUGGAAGGCGCCUUUACUCCUGACGGAGUAAUGUACGCUAACGUCUUCCAGAUCGCGGCGGAGAGCGCUGCGGACGCGGUAGAUGUCUCAGCGCACUUCUUGGUACCACCAAGCCUGAUGAUCACAGAUAUUCCAUGCAUGCUGGCGCCGAUCGCGGAAAGACUACACCCCUGGCUACUGGAAAAUGAAGGCCGACUGCCUCGGGAUGCCGACGGCGUUGUGUCCUUGCCGGCACUGCAGCACCUCGGUGCCCAUGCGCACGAGUUUCCCGAUGAGCACAGCGUGAAGUUCCCAACGGAGUCGUUCCCAUCUCCUCCUCCAUCAUCGGCAACGGACGUGGUUGUUGACAACAUCUACGCGGUCUACGCCGACGCGAAUUUUUCCCUUCCCGCCCAACCGCAUGUCAACUUCGGCGCCCUCCUUCAACGUUCAGCGAGGAGUGCCACUGCUGAGGUUGGUGACACUUCGUCUUUAUCCAAGCGCUUCUGCACCCUGGCCGAGAACCAGCUCAUCUCUCUUCACCAGCAAGGGUGCUACGCCAUGACUCUCUUCGAGGUUGUGGCUGUGUUCUCAGCUUGGCUUCAUCGUGCAGUCAACGCGAAGGCGGACGACGGAGGGGCGAUCCCAGGCCUCGUCCCACCGGAUGAGGGGGGAACGAACGAUACUUCUUCAGACCACGAGAUGGACGACUCACAUCAGAGCGCGCGAUGGAUGACUUGUCGCUGUCCGAGCUCUGCUCAAUCUCCCAAUUCUUCGAGAAAGUUCUCCGAGUAGCAGUUGGAUCAAUCACGAGUGACUCUGAGUGGUCUGGGCCUGGGUUUUUGGAGUUGGCGCUAUUCGACGAUCCAACCGAGGAAGGUGGCGGGAGACCACGCGCACUCAGAAGCUUGGACGAAGUCAUCGGCGUAUAUCACAUGAGGAAGACGUCCUUCAUUACCGACCGUCUGGGUGCUGACAACGCCGCCCUUCGCACACGUGCAUACCGCCUUGUUCAAGCAGGGGUCGGGUUUGGCGUGGCAGAACACUCCGUCAAAGCGUUGCAGAUAGCGCUUUCCAGCGACUCUCUGGGGUUCACGUUGAACGACGACGGGAUGCUUCCUGGAUACAACAUUUCCUUCAACUUCAAACGGACCCGUUCUAAGGAGUUUGGCCACUUUUACCGCGGUCAGAGAGUAGGAAUGUGGCUAGGCCCCGACGGGCCGCACGAGGGAAACCACCAGGGAGCCUGCCAAGAGAAGUAUGGCGGCGGGACUCGGUGCAAGCAACUCACUGGCGUUAACCUGAACCCUCAUGAGCAAAACCACUCGAAGAAGACCAAGUACCUGCCCAGCGUCAGCGGCAUGGGGUUCGAUACGUUCACCUUCAACAUCACCUUGAUCAACGAGCUUGAGAACGCAUCCAUCAACCGCCGCACGUGCAACCUGGCCGUCACUUCUGCAACUCACCACCCGCACGGGCGUCUACAUGCCUGCUGUUCUGAAGUGUGGAUUUGCGGGCGCUGCU